UCCUUUACAAGAAAAUGCUCAAUAAGUCAAAUGCACAGCAAUACAUUUCUUCAAGAAAUACUUCACUCGAACAAAUUGAUCUUUAAUCAAAGUAAAGGAAUAUCAUUUCACAAUAGUUUAGUAUUUUUACGCAGAAAGUAAAAAUCGUGUUGCGCUUAACUGUAACAAUGCGGAUGUUAUACGUAUUUCUAUUCUUAGUUCUCGUCGGAAUUGUUUUCGGAAAAGCAAUCAGUGAUGAAAAUUCUGAGGGAUUUUUAAGUGAAGGCAGCUCAAGUGAGGAAUCAUUGAGUAAAGAAUCAGAAAAGAUUAUUGAAAACAUUUUUCCUACUACUACUACUACUACUACUACUACUACUACUACUACUAUUUUUCUUACUACUACUUUACCUGGAGAAGGUGGAACUGAUACUUCUGGUAAUUGGCUUUAUAGACUUUGGAAGACGCUAACAUCUUUUUUUAAUUCUUCUUCCUCCGUUUAAAUAAAAAGAGAAAGUAUCAUGUAAGAUGAAUCAAUCUUUUUACAGGAAGGACAACUUUUGACAACAUCUUAAUGAACUAUUGUUAGACACUAUGAAAAAUGUACUUACUACUUUGAUUAUUUUACUGAUUUUUAAUAUAUUUAUACUUUAUUAUACGUAUAAAUAUGAAAAUUUGAUAAUUAUUUAAAAAUGUAUCAUAUACUUUGCAGUCAUAAUAAAUAAUGUAUUGAACAAUUAUAUUUUGUUGUAGAACUAUUUUAUACACCACAUAAAUUGUUCAUAAAUAAUACAAAAUUGGUAUAAAACAAAUAAUUAACUAAAAAAGCAUAAAAUAUUAUACAAAUCGCAGGCAUCAUUACUUAAAAAUUAAUUAAAAUUG